AUGGCUGACAAAAUAAAGAAGUUUUUUCAAAAGAAGAAAAUUGAUGCUAAGUUCAAAUUAGCUGGACCUGGGCAUAAAUUAACUGAAUCAUCUCAAUCAAGCCAGUCUUCACUAUUAAGAAAAGAAGUUCCUACAGUAAAAAGAUCAGGGCUGUCACAAGAAAGUAAAGUAGCGGCUGAGGCUGCUUUGGCAAGAUUACAACAAAAAAGAGACAACCCUUCCUUUAACACAUCUUUGGCUGCUAUAAAGGCUCAAGUGAAGAAAGAAUUGGAGAAUGAAGUAGCAGAAUCUUCAAAAGAACCAAUGCAAAGGAAAGAAACUACCGAAGUUAUUGAAGACAUUCCUAAAAACUUGGCUGCGUCUGGUGUAUACUUUAAAUGUCCUAUAAUAAGCAAUGAUAUUCUGUCUCGGGAUGAAUGGAAGAAAAAUAUUAAGACUUUUUUGUAUGAACAAUUGGAAGAAGAAAGAGGUCUAACUGCAUGUCUUAUAAUACAGUCCUGUAAUAGCAACAGAGAAAAGGUUGAUAUAUGUGUUGAAACUCUAUGCAAGUAUUUAGAAAACAUUGUGACACAUCCCGAUGAUGAAAAAUACCAGAAGAUUCGAAUGAGCAAUAGAGCAUUUUGUGAAAGAGUCCAACCCAUUGAAGGUUCAAUGGAAUUAUUAUUGGCAGCAGGAUUCAUGCAGGAUAAACUAUUAAAUAAUGAAGGCAAUGAAGAAGAUUUUUUAGUUUUUAAAAAGGAAAAUAUUCCUUCUGUUGAAAGCUUGACUAUGUUAAUAGAUGCUUUACGUACAUCGGAACCAAUUCCAUUGGAACUUGACAGGAAUCUCCAAGUAUUGUUACCUUCUCAAGCAGCCAAUAAAGUACAAUUACCGAGUUCAUUCUACGCGCUUAGUCCAGAAGAAAUUAAGAGGGAACAACAAUUGAGAGCCGAAGCCAUAGAAAGAAGUCAAAUGUUACGAACUAAAGCGAUGAGGGAAAAGGACGAAUUACGUGAAAUGAGAAAAUAUAAAUUUGCGAUUAUAAGAGUGCGUUUCCCUGACGGCAUUUUGUUGCAAGGUACAUUUUCCGUGUACGAGCGUUAUAGUGAAAUACAUGAAUUCGUUCAAGAAAAUUUGGAACACAACGGCCUUCCAUUCAUACUGAACACUCCAACGGGCCACAAAAUAAUAUAUGAAGAAGAUGCGAAUAAAACUCUUAUAGACCUUAGACUUGUACCGACAACUAUGCUCACAUUCGCUUGGCACAGUUCAGUGAUAGACGAAAUCAAUAACAGCCCUAAUAAAGACGUUUAUUUGAAGCCAGAAGUAAUGGUCCUGGUACAAGAAAUUUAA